AAACAGUCACUAAUAAUUAAAAUGCAGGAAUCGUUACCACCAGAAACUAUAAUUUAACAACCUAACUGAUAUAUGAACAUUAUUGAAAUGAAUAAUUGAGUGAAAAAAAAUUUUGACAUUUCAAUUUAACCUACUAGAUUAGAUAGUACAAUAUUCUUUUCGAGACAUCGCGAAUAUUUCAAGAUGGAUUUACGUCGAUAAAGUAGGCUUUGCUAUUAACGAAUUCAAACAAAAGAAUGCGUUUUUCCUGUCAGUUUAAGAAAAGAGAAAAUGAACGAACAUGUAGUUGCUGUUCAAAGAGCUACUUUAAAAGAUUUGAAUCCAUAUUUAACAAAUAUUCUUAUUGUUGGGGCAAUAAUAGGAAAACAAAAACCUCGUAAAUUUACGGAUGCAAAAUUAAAUGUUCAUGGAGUUCUCAGAGCAGUUUGGAAUUUUACUUUGAGAGAUUCCGUUAAAGAUUACAUAAACGUCACUUACUGGGGUUCUGCUGAAGUGAUAUUUCAAGCAAAUGAUAAGUUUAAUGUUGGAGAUGUCGUUGCCUUAAUAAACCCUAUUAUAAAAAUAAGGAAUUUAGACGAUAUUAGUGAACAAUUUCUGCCUAUGGUAACGUCCCCAUACAGUUUGACUUUAACAGAAAAAUCAACUUUGAUUAGACAUGAAGCAAAUGUUGAAUAUUUUUCGAGUUUACUUAAAUUUCCCACAAAGCCCCUCGCUGGAUUCGUUCCUCUAAGAGAUAUUCAUAACAGAGGAUCUUCCAUACAAGGUUAUGUUAAUAUAUUGGUGGUAGUUAAAGGUUUAUCUGAAAUUCGAAAUGUUUCAUCCAGAAAUAAUAACGAAACAUAUACGAUUAGAACUGUGGAUGUUUUUGAUCAUACCAGUCCAAGUCUGAAAUUGGAAAUUUGGGAAAAUCAUAUUAUUCAGAGGUCCGAACACUGGAUACCGAAACAAACUGUUCUUUUCAUUACCGAUUUAAAGAUCCAAUGGUCGAAUUUUCAAAGACAGUUCAUAGCUAGAAUAACAGGUUGUACAAUUAUUACCGAAAAUCCUAAUGGUAGAGAAGCUCAAAUGCUGCUCAACUAUGCCAAAGAUGCUCCAAUUGAAACUUACGACAUAGUAGAUCAAAUUAUUAAUUCGUUACCAGAUCCAAAUUUGAUACAAAAUGUAAUGAAUGUUAAACAGAUUCAUGAUAAAUUAAAUGAUUUUAAUGGAGAAAUCAAACACUUUACUGCUGUUUUGUAUACGUUCAUUUCCAAUCUGGAUUUAGAUGGACUCUCAAAAACGCUUUCAAUUAAAUGCGGGAAAUGUAAAAUGGAAAUGAAAAGUUCGAGAUGUGUGAAUUCUGAAUGUCCCACCGUUUUUGAAAAUGAAACGGCCGAUCCAGAAUUUAAUUUUGACAUUAAAUUAACUUUAACGGAUCACACAGGUUCGUUAAAAAAUUGCAGACUUAGUGGACAUCCUGCAGAACAGGCAUUAGGGUGUACUGCUCGCGAAUUUUCUAAUAUGUCCGACGAUGAAAAAGGAAUCCUCAAAUGGAAAUACUUAUUGGAACGUUGUGCUGUUUAUAUAGCAGUUAUAUUCGUGGGUAGGAAGAGCCCCAUAAUUUCAAUUUUAAAAAUAAGUUUGACAAACUCAUUAGAAGUAAGCCGAAGACUUGCCGUCUAUUAAUUGUAAUAAUUAUCUUUUCACAGUUUGUCGUUUCAUUAAAAAAUUUAUGAAA